AUGACAGUUCUUUGUAAGAGCGCGACUAAGGCCCCAGCUAUCCAACUUUCGGAACAUGCCAAAGCCAUAUUGGAAGACGAUGCGCGUUUGGGAAUCAAAAGGCAAGAUCCUGUGCUGGAAAGAAUGGCGAAAGGUUAUCCUUGGCUGAAACCAACUGAUUUGGUAAAAGCUCUGCAUCAAUGGGGUCGCUUGGACAUCAUCCUGCCAGAGAAAGACUUGGAAUCUUCGGAGGCAGCACUGCGAAUCUAUUGGUCCAGAUUUCGAUCCUUGUACCCCAAGCACGAGAUUUUUGAGCUUUGCCGCUGGCUUGCAUUUGCAGCUCUACGCGAAACCUACGGAGAUCAUCCUGAAUGUUUGGACGAGGGCAUGGCAUUGGUGUCUGAAAAUUUGAUCCAUGCCAUGAAAGUUGGUGUGGAUGUGGGUCAUGCUGGUGCUCCUAAGACCCUGAGGACGAUACUUUGUGGCUUCAAGUCUUGUGGUGCUCCAGGCUUCUAG